CCCGGUCGGGCGGGUUGUCCGAGGCGCCCGCCGCGCUUCCCGCUCUGCCGCCUCGCGCCUCUGCUUAGACCUGUUGCUCAGGUACUGUCGAAGCGUGCGGGUGUUGCCAGAGGGAAAACCCCAAAUCCAGAAAAGGCGCAACAGUACUGACGUUGGGUGCCUUUUGGGACAACGUGCGCUUGAGUCGUACCUGGCCUUAAACCUGCGGGACUCGGUAGGCUGCGUCCUUGGCGUUCGUGCCACGGCCCCCGUCUGGCUGGUGCCAGAAAGAGAAACGUUUCCCCGUAGAUCUGCGUUUUAUUCUGAAAGCUGGUUUCACCCGACCUUACAAUCUAGUAGACUUCUGACAGCCUGGACGGGCGUGAAGGGUUUUCCAAGGUUCGGAGUUACUGCCUGACUUGAGCUCUCGGCUCGCAGGCGAGGAAGGUGAGCGGAUUUCCUGACCCUACUUUAUUUCAGCUGACAAUUCCAAAGUGAGUGGAAGAAGAACACGUGAUCUCUUGUGCAUUUUUGCUUUACAUUGCAAAUUCCUUCAGAAGAGGAGGAAGGAGAGAUCUCACUUCUGAGAGCACAUGUUGAUUCAGAUGUCACAUCUAGAGAGAGCUAUGCUGUCAGUUGUCCUGAAGUUCCUUUUCAGACUACGUCAUUGUGUCACUCUACAGUCCUUGUAACUGCUACAUACUGCAAAAGGAGAGCUGACUGAUUCCUGCCCUGCUCAGGGACCGGUUUCUGUGUGCUUUUGUUUGCCAGUUGGAAGUUGUUCCUUCGCUAGCGUGCUUUAAAAAAAAAAAAAAAACAAGUUUGAGGUGCUCUUCAGAGAAGCAAAUGAUUCGUGCCAGCCAUGUCACUAGCUGAACGGGUUUCACAGCCCUCUGACUCUGUAGGCCUCUGUUACUAGUCACACUGGGAACUCUUGACCUACGACGUUGAUGUUGAGCGUUUUGUGUUUUAAGGUUUUGAGGAAAAUGCAGAGACGGCAUAGCAGCAACACUGACAGUGUUCCUCCUGAAAGAAACCGGAGCCAAACAGUCAGUUCUGAAACCAGUGUGGAUGAAAGUGGAGUCUUUGAAAGUCUGAAGGCUGAAGCUUCCUCGCCACAACAGCUGUUCUCAGGCCUGGCAGGUAUCCCUUCGGGCACCAUCACAGCCACCCCGUUCCAGGAAGUAUUCAUUCAGAUGCCAGCCCCGAGGGAGGAGGGGACCAGCCGUACAGAAGGAACCCCAUUUCACCACCGGCAGCAGCCCCAUCAUUUCCACCAUGGCCAUCACAGAGGUUCGUCUCUACUGCACAUGGCAGGAGGGGACCGCCAUGGGCACGCCGAGGAAGGCAGUGAUGAACAGGCUGGGACUCCAGCCCCAGCACUUUCAGAGUUAAAGGCUGUGAUCAGUUGGCUGCAGAAGGGCCUUCCCUUCAUCUUGAUCCUUCUGGCUAAAGUUUGUUUCCAGCAUAAGCUUGGGAUUGCUGUGUGCAUUGGUAUGGCCAGCACAUUCGCAUAUGCCAACUCAACACUCCGUGAGCAGGUUGCUCUGAAGGAGAAGAGAUCAGUCUUGGUUGUCUUCUGGAUCCUGGCCUUUCUCACCGGAAACACCUUCUACUUGCUUUAUACAUUCAGCUCACAGCAACUGUACAACAGCCUUAUAUUUCUGAAACCCAACCUUGAGAGGCUGGACUUUUUUGACCUGAUGUGGAUUGUGGGGAUCACGGACUUUGUACUGAAGUAUCUCACCAUCGCACUGAAAUGCCUAAUAGUUGCCCUGCCUAAGAUCAUUCUAGCUGUCAAAUCAAAGGGAAAGUUUUAUUUGGUUAUUGAAGAGCUGAGCCAGCUGUUCCGCUCUCUUGUCCCCAUCCAGUUAUGGUACAAAUACAUCAUGGGAGAUGAUCCAUCAAGCAGCUACUUCCUAGGUGGGAUCCUGAUCAUCCUGUAUAGCCUCUGCAAGUCUUUUGACAUCUGUGGUCGUGUGGGAAGUGUCCGGAAGGCACUGAAAGUCCUUUGCACCGCACAGACCUAUGGAGUUCGUGCUACCAGCCAGCAGUGCAGUGAGGCAGGUGAUAUCUGUGCCAUUUGCCAGGCAGAAUUCAGGGAACCCUUGAUCCUCAUGUGCCAGCAUGUGUUUUGUGAAGAAUGCCUCUGCCUCUGGUUUGACAGGGAGAAGACCUGUCCUCUUUGUCGUUCUGUCACAGUAGACACCCUGCGUUGCUGGAAAGACGGCACCACCUCCGCUCAUUUCCAGGUGUAUUAAAACCAAUGCAUACCAACACAUGGAAUGACAUGUGCGGAGACAAGAAAAAGCUGGAAAAUCUUUUGAUGUCUCAUACACCUAUUUAGUUGCCUGUGGACUUGUUGUCUUGGCCUUUCUCCCAGCUCUGCUUCUCCAGCAACCAGUGAAACAAUUGUUACUAGUCAGAAACAUUGUCCUGAAAGGCGAGAAAGAUAUGUUUUAUGUUGUGGCAACCUCCGUGGCUAAGCUAGAUUUUUUCUUGAACAUACAUGUUAUAAACUGCCUAGAAUGUUUCCUUUUUUUCUGUCCUUUUAGUAUAGGUAAAUGUUGCAUGUCUAAGUAAAGCAUGCUGUGAAUUCACCAUUGCAUGUAUAUAACCUGGUACACUGGAAAAAAAGCUGUCCUCUGGCUCAAACUGCAGGUGAGAUUUUUCACAUUAAAUCAUCGCCACAACUUCCUUGAAGUUGUCACUUGACAAAGUUACGUUAUUGCUGUUAUAUUACCUGUGAGAACUCUUCCAAAAACAGUGCUUCAGAGCCACAUGUGCAAAAAUCUAUUUGGGGGUUGGAGAACAUCAUUUCCCAGGAGCCUUGUUUUUGCAUUUGAUUCUAGAAAUUGUAUGUGUUGUCAUCUUAAUUGAAUCUCAAGGAACUUGGGAAAGACCAUGUUAGUGAGCCUAGAACUGACACUUGCUUAUCUCGGGAACGUUUUUCUUCUAAUUUUCGUGGUCAGACUUUCUGAUUUCCUAGCCUAUGGGAGAGCAGUGGGAGGCAGGGAGAGGUUAAAGUCAAAUUCGAUUUGACUAGGUGAGAAGUUAACGUCCUAACCAAACCAUAUCGCAAAUUCAGGUAUCUCUGCAGCAUGGUCCUCAGCACAGCCCUUGAGGCAAGGCUUGCUGGCUUUAAAAUACAGUGCCGUUCCACAUCCAGGACCUGCCUGGGACCAGAAAAAUUGUGCUAAUGCAGCACUGCGCCCAUAUAGCAUUGUUGAUACCAGAAAUGCUGGGGCAUCAGGAUACAGGCCCCCCUGGAGAGACUGGAUUUAGUAAGACUUACUAGCUUGAGGACAGCAUUAUACAGAAGCAGCUGCAUUGCUUCAGGAGCCAGCUUGGUUUAUAUACAAGCUGGAUAAUCCACCUGUGAUGGUGGAGACUUGAUUGUUAACACCUCUGCUUCAGAAAAGGCUCUUUGAGGAGAUGCCUUGUAUUGUUAACAGGCAAAUUAACAUACUGCAUAUCCUAAGAGGAAGUGAUUGCUGCUAUUUCCAUCUCUGCUGAGGGUGACACUUGCAUGCAAAUGGAGUUGCUGUUUCUUCCGCUGGAGCCUUCUCUUUCACUAAACAACCUCUGCUUUUUGCUGUACGCCCAGAGAAAGUGCCUCAUUAGGCAAUUGUGGCAUCUUCCAUGCUCAUUACUAUGGAAAUGGCCGUAAGGUUACAAUCCCACUUGAGUGGAUAAUCAGGAAGAACUGUACCUGGGGGAAAUGAGCCUAUGUGUAUGUACUGGCUGCCACCUUCCCCUCCUGCUGUGAAGCUCCACAGAGAGAAGAAUUAAAGCAAACAGGAGCUAAUGGUAACAGGAUUAAGGCUCAGCAUUUCUUUGGAAAUAAUAGUUAAGUAUGACUAGAGGAGAAAUGAUGAGAGGCAGUGCCUGAGCAAAGAAGAUAGUCCAAAUCUGGCUUGAGAGACAUGAGGAAGUAGAGAGGAGGAAAAGCUUUACUUUCCAAAGUAAAAGUGAUGUGAUUCUUCUCAAAUGAAUCCUGUGAAAGUGGGAAACUAAGCCAAGGAAUCUAGCAGCUCUGGUGUGAAGAGCCUUCAUGGGGUGGGGGAGAGAGUUCAGUAAGGAAUGUAGAAAGAUUUUUGGUGGACAUAAAAAUGUUAUGUAUGAUAGUCUAGUAUAGUUGUCAGGAAAAGGGCAAAUUACUGAAUCUGCCAGCAGGCAGACUCAAAUUUAUUAUGAAAAGGGCCAGCCUCAGUUCUCAGUGCAAUGCCAAUUAAUUAAAGGAUUGGUGGUAUCUGCUUUCAAAGUGUUUGAAAAGACAUUUUUAAUUCUGAUCUUUUUCUGAAUGUUCCUGCAAAAUGUAUUUGGAGAAGUGUAUAAAAAAGUCAAUAUGAGCCUGAAACUACAGAUAGCAUUUGAUACACUGGUUCAAAAUCAUUACGUUUUUGGUUGGUGAGAAAGGAGGAAGCUAAUCAAACAGAAAGUAUGGGGAAGAAUUUUUUUUCUGACCUUACAGUCCUCCUUUUUCUUUACAUGUUUUUCUUUAUUGACUGUUCUUUCCCAGUUGGCAAUCUGAGUAAGAAAGAAGGGGCUAGCAUCAUCACAAAGCUGAAAUGUUCCGCUUCAGCCCAAACACUCGGAAAGAACAUGGGGUAAGACUUCAUGCUUGGGUGCUUUGGUACACAUGGAAGAAUCCCUGCACUGGCAUCAUAGUUUGCUAGAGAACUUCUGCUCCUUAAUUUUUAUUUUGCCUGAUUUCAAGGGUCCCGUCUUUAUUUUUACUUUCCCCCUCUAAUGUAAGGCAGUAUUUCCAUUCUUAUGCAGAUGUCUGGCUGCCCCUCUGGUGAUGUGUUUCCAUGGUAUCUGCCACCUGUGUGCCUGUAACCCACCGCAAUCCUCUAUUGUCCUAUUAUAACAGAAACCCGUGAAAGUUGCUGUUUGGGUAUCCUUGGAGACUGAAAGCCUCUUGCUGUUUGAACCAGGUACAUCACUGACAAAACGCAGCGAUGCGAUUUUCUGUGUGUUCGGCCUUCGUUGCAGGAAGAGCCUGUAUCGGAGAGUGCAUGGGUGCCUGAGUCUCUGGACCAUCCAGUGCUCCACAUCUCUGUUAAGAUUAAUCAGCUGAAUAUAAGGUGAAAUUUUGUGCUGUGGACAUUUAUUGGAAGCAUAACAAAGAUCAGCUUAAUUCCUGUAAGACUGAAUAAUUUCCUACAGGCCACUAUUACACAGCUGUUAGAUUAAAACAACAUCCUUCCGUCCCUCUUCUGGGCUGGGCACUGUGCGAGUCACAGCUCUGUGCUGUUAUAGUCUGUCAUACCGUUCCCUCUCAGUUAAGUCGUGGUGAUGAUUUUGUGGGGCUGAAUAAUUGUGCCCUCUCCUCAAACAUGACAUUUAGACCAGAAAACCUACAGGGAGGCGACUUCUGCUCCAGUGCCACCUGAUGAAAAACUUCUAUUGGUUUCCAUGGGAAAAGGAUCAGAGUUGUGGAAGGAUAUUGUUAUCUCUAUUUUUAGAGAGAAAAUAAAAACCGAUGUUUGUUUUCCCCA